CUCGGCUCGGCUCGGCUCGGCUCGGCUCGGCUCGGCUCGGCUCGGCUCGGCUCGGCUCGGCUCGGGGCAAAAGAUGCGCGGCACGCUGCUCGGUGUCCUGGGGCUGGCCCUGCUCGGGGCACUGCACGCCCAGGACAGCGUUCCUGUGCAAACCGACUUCCAGCAGGACAAGCUCACGGGGAGAUGGUACAGUAUCGGCCUGGCCUCCAACUCCAACUGGUUCAAGGAGAAGAAGCACCUGAUGAAGAUGUGCGUCACGGUCAUCUCCGUCACCACAGAUGGGAACCUGGAAGUCACCUCCACCUACCCCAAGGGCGACCAGUGUGAGAAGAGGAACAGCCUUUACACUAAGACGGAGCAGCCGGGGCGAUUCAGCUACAGCAACCCACGCUGGGGCAGCAAGCACGACAUCCGCGUGGUGGAGACCAACUACAACGAGUACGCCUUGGUGGCCACCCAGAUCUCCAAGAGCACUGGCUCCUCCACCAUGGUGCUGCUCUACAGCCGGACGAAGGAGCUCAGUCCUGAGCGCCUGGAGAGGUUCACUCAGUUCUCCAGGGAGCAGGGCCUGAUGGAUGAAGAGAUCCUCAUCCUGCCCCAGACGGACAAAUGCAUGGCAGAUGCUGCCUAGGCAGACCCACCAGCUGCUGCUGGCCAGAGCCCCGAGAGCGCCAGGAGCUGGCAGCUGCCCCAUCCCAUCCUCUCCCCAGCGCACCCCCAGCACCACAGCAGCCUUCGCUCCCUGGCUUGACGCCCCACACCUGUACCCCUGUCCCUAUUAAAGCCCAUAUAAAACCA